CCAAACGUCACCACUGGCCUGCUGAGAUGCGAGUCAUGCGAGCCUCCGUCGUGAUCUUCUCCAGCCUUCUGGCCGUGGCCUGCGCCGGUCACUUCGGUGGUGGAGGAGGCGGCGGCCAUUUCGGCGGCGGUGGAUUCGGCGGAGGCGGCUUUGGCGGCGGCGGCGGUGGUGGAUUCGGCGGCGGCGGUGACGACGGCGGAAGCGUGGGCGUCGCCUCGGUCUCGUACGUCAAGACCCCGGUGGUGAGCGUCAACUACGUCGCCAAGCCCGUGGUCAGCUACGUCGCCAAACCCGUGGCCACCGUCUCGCACGCGAUCAAGCCGGUGCUCACUUACACCACGGUGUCCCACGGCGGAGGUGGCUUCGGAGGAGGCGGCUUCGGAGGAGGUGGAUUCGGUGGUGGCGGAUACGGUGGUGGGGGCGGCCAUGGCGGCUGGUGGUGAUUCCGUCGGGAAACCAACACCCCAAAAAACGUUUGGGUCGUUCUCGUACCCUCGUGCGCGUUGUAAAUUUAUCGACGAUAUGUCCGACGCCCAUCACGCUGGCAACACCAACGGCAGCGGU